GCUUGGACAUAAAUGGCGGAAAUCAAUAUUGGCGGCGCGAUAGCAAUCGUGCUCUUUUAUUUGGUAAUUCUUGGAAUUGGUCUCUGGGCUGUUCGUGGCAGGCGAAGGGACAAUGAAGAGGAAGCAAUGUUAGCGGGAAGAAGUUUAGGAUUGGUUAUAGGGACCCUUACUUUAACAGCAACAUGGGUCGGUGGAGGCUACAUCAAUGGUACAGCGGAAGUGCUCUAUGAUAAAAACCUGGGGCUAGUCUGGGCCCAGGCUCCUUGGUGCUAUGCUAUCAGCCUGGGGCUUGGUGGACUUCUGUUUACAAAAGUCAUGCGAGAAAGAAAGUACGUCACCAUGAUUGACCCUGUCCAAGAGAAGUAUGGUGUAAUAAUGGGUGGAUUGUUAUACAUUCCCGCCUUGCUGGGAGAGAUAUUUUGGUCUGGCGCCAUCUUGUCAGCUCUUGGUGCCACUGUGAGUGUUGUUAUUGGCUUGGAUCGCUUCACCUCCAUUAUUGUGUCUUCUUGUAUCGCUAUUUUCUACACUCUGAUUGGCGGGCUAUACUCUGUGGUUUACACUGAUGUGAUUCAACUCUUCUGCAUCUUCAUUGGAUUGUGGCUCAGUAUUCCAUUCGCCAUGACACACAAAGCAGUGAGUAGCAUCUCUGAAGAUUCUGGGAAAUGGCUAGGAGAGAUUCCUACCGAUGAAAUCGGAGUGUGGUUGGAUUAUGCGCUGCUGCUGAUAUGGGGCGGUCUUCCAUGGCAAAUUUACUUUCAGCGCGCCUUGUCGUGCAAAUCCCCAUCUACUUCAAGAAUAGUCUCUUACACCGCUUCCUUUGGAUGUCUGAUUAUGGCUAUUCCCGCUGUGCUUAUCGGAGCCAUUGGUGCCUCGACAGAUUGGACCCAAACGUCAUUUUAUAAACUAUCUGAGGGUGUCAUCACCAACCAAACAACCUCUGUAGAGUUUGAUAAGACAUUAAUCCUUCCCAUGGUGCUUCAGUACCUCACACCACCCAUUGUGUCCUUCAUUGGUCUGGGUGCUGUGUCUGCUGCUGUCAUGUCUUCUACCGAUUCCAGUUUUCUCUCUGUUAGCACCAUCCUGGCUCAUAACAUAUACAGGCCCAUCUUCAGAAAAAAGGCCUCUGAGAAGGAAGUCGUGUGGGCAAUGCGAGUCGCUAUCGUAAUAGCUGGCGCAGCCGCUACUGGAAUGGCUCUGUCAGUUGAAUCCAUCUACGCCCUGUUUCAUCUGUGCAGUGACCUGAUCUACGUGGUCCUUUUUCCUCCGUGGUGUUUAGCUCUCCACUGGAAAGACGUCAACACUUACGGCUCCAUUGUAGGUUACCUACCAGGUCUCCUGCUACGCGUGGGGGGAGGGGAAGAAAAAAUUGGUUUCUCUGCCUUCAUUAAAUACCCAUUUUAUGACGAGGUUAAGGGUCAGUUGUUUCCGUUCCGUACUUUGGCUAUGAUCGUUACCUUUGUUACUAUCAUUGUGGUGUCUUCCGUAACAAAGUACUUGUUUGAGCGGGAGAUUAUACCCCUGAAGUAUGAUUUCUUGAACGUGUUUAAAACUUAUAACACAAAGAGAGCAAAUGAGACAGACCAUGAGCCGUCGUUGUAUCCCCUUUGAACCUUUUUCGUCGUCUUUAAAAUGCUUUAAGAUCAUAGGAUCCAAAAUAUAAAGGGGCGAGAGUGCGGUUACACUCCCUGUUUGUUUUGUUUUGUUUUGCUUUGUUUUGUUCUGUUUCUAUUUUAUCAUAUACAACGCACAAAUCAAAAUUCUAAAUUAAAGACCAUCACUAAUAGACCAAACUGCUUAAAAAUAAUAAUAACCAUUCAAUUUGGUGUUUCACUGCUAUCACCUCGGAAAGCAGGCUUCUCUUUUAGGUACCAUUGCCCAAUACCUUCCGAGGAAAUUGACGCAUUUC